UCUGCUGACUAUUGUGCAUGGUGCAUCAAGUUAAGCACAAUGAUUAAACUAUUCUUCAUUACUUUACUUUGCGUGACGCUGGUGUUCGCCGAGUCGCCGCUAGAAAACUUUCGAAAUGUACGAGCACUGGACAAACCAAUGACAGGAUUACAUGCGAAAUUAGUACGACGAUCGGCACAUGCCUGUGGAGAAGGAACGGGAGGAAUGAUGGAGCAAGAAGGAAUGGCAGCAGCAAUGAAAGCAAUGGAAAGGAUGGCAGGAGGAGGAGGGUCAGCAGGAGGGUCAGCAGGAGCAGGAGGACAAGCAGGACUAGGAUUUGGCGUAAACGGCAAUGCAGGUUUUGGAGGAGGAGCAGGAGCAGGCAAAUAAUGAUCAUGAGAAUCAUAAGAAUCAUCAUGCAAUGAAUAGUUUAUGCUCUUUAGGUCUCUGGAUAGAUAUGGAUAUUGAAGUCUACCAUUAUAAAAUAGAUAAAAAUGGUUUAGAUUUCACUCGGCACUUUGACACAUUUUUAUCAGAUUGCUUUGCACACUCAAGAACCCCGAUGAUUUUAAAAUAAAACUUAGCACUCUGCAAAAUA